AUGGGUGGCGACCUCAACCUUAAAAAAUCAUGGCAUCCAAACCUCCUCAAAAACCAAGAGCGAGUCUACGAGGAGGAGAUGAAAGCUCUCAAAGAGCGUAAACUUAUUGAACAAAUGCGCAAAGAGAGGGCCGAAGAACGUCAACUACAAGAUCUCCAAGAAAUCCAAGAAGCAGCUGGUGGCAAGAAACGACCCGACCGUGUGGAUUGGAUGUAUGGCGGCCCCUCCUCCGGUGAGAAUGGCCCCGUUACUGAAGAACUCGAGGGUUACCUGUUAGGGAAGAGAAGAGUAGACCAGAUCCUGAAAGGGAAGGAAGAAGAGGAGACUUCGGCUUUGAAGAAAGAUGCUGGGGAGGGUAGUUUUAUGGCCGUGCAGAAUGCGAACACAGUUAGGGACACGGCGAAUAAGAUUAGGGAGGAUCCUAUGUUGGCGAUUAAGAAGAGGGAGCAGGCGGCUUUGGAAGCAGCGAUGAAUGAUCCAAGUGUUAGAAGAAUGAUGCUGAAGGAGUCUGGUGCGGAUGGGAAGAAGGACAAGGAGAAGGAUCGCCACCGAGACAGAGACAGGGAAAGGGAUAGGGAUAGGGACCGCAAGCAUAGAUCCUCGAGACACGAUGAAGAUCGACACCGACAUAGGGACAGGGAUAGGAGCCGCGACCGAAAACACCACAGAUCCCAUCGAGACGACGAACACCAUAAAUCUUCACAUCGGGACCGGGACCGUAACCGUGAUCGUGGCCGGGAUGAUGAAGACCGACACAAAAGCAGUCGACACCAUCGCCGCAGCUCGAGGUCUCGCUCCCCCCGUCGACGUGAUGAGAAGAAGGCUCGUUCACGCUCCCCACGGCCAUCGAGAGAUGAAAAGCGCUCCCGUUCUCCAAGAAAGUCUCGUGAGGAACGUCACCAAUCUGGAAGCCACUCGCCGAUUCAUCACUCCAGGACGGCUUCUCCGGUCCCAUACAAGCAGCAGCGUGAACGCUCGCCACCGAACUACGCACGCCGAAACAAUGAUCGCCGUCCGGCCCCAACAUCCAAACCUAGUCAGGCAGACGAUGAUAGGGCUGCCAGACUCGCUGCAAUGCAAGCCGAUGCAACCGAUCUCGAUGAAGCCCGCAAUCGCCGUCUAGCCGCCUUGGCUGAACGUGAUCGCCAGGAUAAAGAACAGGAUGAUUCAGCCAGACGAAGUAACGCCAAAUGGGGCGGAAAGGGUUCGUUCAUUUCCGGGUUGAAUCAACAUGCUGGAAACCUCGAUCUAGCCGAGCGGGUUAGACGUAGCAAGGGAAGCAGGAAUUUUGUUCGAGUUGGCGGAGAUGAUUGA